CCACACAAGACGUCACAUCCGGUUUACGCAGUGGGGGAAAACAAGAUUCACCUCCAUCACCAUGCCUAAGAGCUGCUGUGUAGCUUACUGCACCUCAAAUAAACUUAAAAACCCGGACCUACGGUUUUAUAUUUUGCCCAGAAGAGAGACAGAAGGUGAGAGGAGAGCUCUGUGGCUGCAGGCCAUCCGGCGGCAGGAUGUUUCUGGUCGCUUGUGGGAUCCAACAACCAGACACGUGUAUGUGUGUAGUCUACACUUCAUCACAGGCUUCAAGAAGGAGGAUGAAACGCACCCGGACUACACACCCUCACUGUUCCCUAACAGAGGAGCACAUUCUUCAUCUGAAGCUACAAACCUGAAAAGGCUGGACCUCAUGAGGAAAAACUGCUGCGCAGUGGAUGUCCCUUCAACUGUCUCAGACCAUGCUGACAUCUCAAGUUCUGCACAUCCCUCCGACCCACAGUGCCGCUCAGUUCAUGCAUAUUCGGUGGACCCUGCUCAACAUGAUCAUGAUUACUGCAAGCCGGCCCGCGUAAAAGAUGUGCAUGAUAAGAUGACCCAGUAUAAUGAGAUUGGGAACUCGUUGCUUCGAAAGGAAUCAAACGCUUUGUUCUACACUGGUAUAGCUCUGCAAGUAUUUAACAUUCUUGUGUCAACACUGGGAGGAUAUGCUAGCGAUGCAUUAACAAUGUCUGUGCAGGAUCAAGUUCUCAUGACACUUAUGAAAUUAAAGACCAACCGUGCAAUAGGGGAUCUGAGCAAACAGUUUGGUAUAUCGCAGAGCAUGGCUACCAGGAUAAUCUCAUAUUGGAUUGACAAACUGGAGGAAGUAUUGCAACCUUUAAUUCCGUGGCUUCCAAAUGAAACUAUUCAAGCAACCAUGCCUGAAGCAUUUAAGAAGAACUUUCCUAAUACAACAUGUGUUAUACACUGCUGUAAGAGCUAUGUACAAAACCCCCAAAACCUUGAUUCAAGAGGGGAAUCAUCCAGCCAUUAUAAUGUCACAGUGAAAUACAUAGUUGCUGUUGCCCCAUGUGGACUAAUCAUGUUCAUCUCUACAGCAUAUGGAGGGCGAUGCACUGACAAACUCGUAACCAUGGACUCAGGAGUAUUAGACAAGUUAAAACAUGGAGAUGAGAUCAUGGCACCAUCAGGCUCUUCCAUAAAAGAUUUGCUGUUUUUUGAGAGAGGAAUUAGAUUGAUAAUGCCCUCUAACACAGCUGAGGAACGGAUGACAUCCACUAGAGAUGUUGAAAGAGCAAUCAGACGUUUGAAAGCUUACCAAAUAUUAUCACAGGUUGUUUCGAAUGCCCUGGCUCCUAAAAUAAACAAGAUUCUAAGAAUAUGUUCUGCUCUUGCCAAUUUAAGGUAGGAUAUUAUUCAUGACACACUAAUUUAGCAUGUGAUCAACAUGAGUGACUUUGUUUACAUGGCUGUCAGGAACAUUAUGCAGGACCAUCAAAAGAAAUGGUGCAGUAAUGGCAUUAAAAUCUAUAGUCGUGGAAAAAUGUAUGGAAACAAAACGUGGAAAGUUGUGGAUUUUAUGUGAACCGUCUUAGCAGGUUUGUUCUGUUGUACAGAAUGUGAAUGUAUUUAGUGCCAUCACUUCAUAAAAAUCCUAGCCACCUUUUAAUGUUUACAUUAUUUUAGUUUGAAACAUUACCUUGGAAGAUGCAGAAAAAUAUAUAAUCACUUGCAACAUUUUAUGUCAUCAGCUUUUUAAAUAUUACCUGUUGGUAUGUGAAUGUUUUGUACUUCUCAUUUGCAGUAAACUGUUUUAAAUUAUUAAAUUAAACAUUUGUGA